UGACGUGGAAUACGCGCAUGCGUGGACCGAUCGGGUGAUACAGCAAGAUGGCGUCUGACGGAGAAGGCCUAAACGCGGGCAUUAUAUUUCUGUAUUCUUACAUAUAUGUUGUUUAAUAGAGUACACACGGUUAAUAAUUGUUUGUAGCAGGAUACAUUAGUCUGAGCGCACUUUGACACUUCUCCUGUUUGCUGGCUUCACUUAAGGUAGCUUGCAGCUAGCUUAGCUGGCUAGUUAGCUUAGCUUGUUAGCUGCUAACAAAGAGACGCGGACGUUAUCAACACAUCGCUAAGUAGAGAUCAAAUGUGAGUGUAAAGUGUUGUGAUUGUGUGAAAAUGUGCGAAAGAACGAUAGCAAAGUAUGAGGAGGAACUUUGUCCAACAAAAGAGGAGAAGGAGCGACAACAUCAACUACUGGACGCUGUUUUCAAGAAACAUCAAGUUGUGUUACACAGAACAGACGUCCAGCAGCCCCCUCACAUUAAAGAGGAAGAGGAGGAAGUGUGGAUCACUCAGGAGGGAGAGUGUCUUCUAGGGCAGGAGGAGGAUGAUGUCAGCAAGUUUCCACUGACUGUUGUCUCUGUGAAGACUGAAGAGCAUGAAGACAAACCACCUGAGUCCUCACAGCUUCAUCACAGUCCAAACGUCUGUGAAGAACAACUUCUGCCUGAAAAACAGGAGUGUAGCUUCAGGAUGGUGAAGGAGGAUCCAUCAAAGAGGAAGACCAGGCGCCACAGACCCUCUGGUGUCUCCUUUUCCUCUUUGACACAGACCCUGCCCUGUAAAAAGGAAGAGGAAGACUCACUGAACCCCCACAUUAAAGAGGAAGAGGAGGAACACAGCAUCAGUCAGGAGGGAGAUCAUCUUGAAGGACAGGUGGAGUUCCCAGUGACUGGUGUCCCUGUGAAGAGUGAAGAUGAUGAGGUCAAAGGUGAAAGUGAGGAGAAGAGCAGCAGCUCAACACAACACAUGACAACAGAAGCUGAUGGAGACCACUGUGGAGGAUCACAAGCAGACAAGCUCUUAGCUCCACUAUCAGAUAGUGAGGACACAACGUCACACUCUCCUGACACUGAUGAUGAAGACUCUAAAGAUGAUAAGACAUGUCACACUGACAACACUCACUUCAAAUGUUCUCACUGUGACAACACAUUUAAGAACCAUAGUGAUCUGAAUAGACACAUGAGAAGACACACCGGAGAAAAACCUUUUAUCUGUUCAAUCUGUAGUAAAGGUUUUGUAGAAAGUUGCAAAUUGAAAGUGCACAUGAGAACACACACUGGUGAAAAAACUUUUUCUUGUUCAAUGUGUGGCUUAACUUUUACAAGGAAGGAACAUUUGAAAGUCCACAUGAGAACACACACCGGAGAAAAACCUUAUAUCUGUUCAAAAUGUGGUAAAGGUUUUACACAAAGUCAGAGUUUGAAAAAACACACAAUAUUACACACUGGAGAAAAACCUUUUAUAUGUUUAAUCUGUAGUAAAAGUUUUGUACAAAGUCACAAUUUGAAAGUACACAUGAGAACACACACUGGUGAAAAACCUUUUUCUUGUACAAUCUGUGGUAAAGGUUUUGCACAAAGUUCAUGUUUGGAAAAACACAGAACAAGACACACUGGUGAAAAAUCUUUUAUUUGUUCAAUCUGUAGUAAAGGUUUUGUAGAAAGUCAAUAUUUGAAAGUACACAUGAGAACACACACUGGUGAACAACCUUUUUCCUGUUCGAUCUGUGGUAAAGGUUUUACAGAAAGUCGCAGUUUGAAAAGACACACUAGAACGCACACUGGUGAAAAACCACAUUCCUGUUCAAUUUGCAACAAAAGCUUUUGUGACCGACAUAACCUUGUAGCACACAUGAGAACACACACUGGUGAAAAACCUUUUUCCUGUUCAACCUGUGGUAAAGGUUUUACACAAAGUCGUUGUUUGAAAAGACACACAAGAAUGCACACUGGCGAAAAACCUUUUUCCUGUUCAGUCUGCGGUAAAGGUUUUACACAAAGUCAGAAUUUGAAAAGACACACUAGAACACACACUGGUGAAAAAUCACAUUCCUGUUCAAUCUGCAACAUAAGCUUUUGUGACCGAUCAAACCUUGUAGCACACAUGAGAAGACACACGGGAGAGAAAGUGUUGAGUUGCAGUGUGUGUGGUGAAAGAUUCUCCUAUAAGUACCAGUGUGAGAAACACAAGUGUGCUGGUGAGAACAGCAGCAGCAAAUAAAACUGCAGGAUUUGAAAUAAACUGUCAGGACUUUAAAGGGGAACAUUAUCAGCAGACCUAUGUAAGCGUUAAUAUAUACCUUGAUGUUGCAGAAAAAAGACCAUAUAUUUUUUUCACCGAUUUCCGAACUCUAAAUGGGUGAAUUUUGGCGAAUUAAACGCCUUUCUAUUAUUCGCUCUCGGAGCGAUGACGUCACAACGUGACGUCACAUCGGGAAGCAAUCCGCCAUUUUCUCAAACACCGAGUCAAAUCAGCUCUGUUAUUUUCCGUUUUUUCGACUGUUUUCCGUACCUUGGAGACAUCAUGCCUCGUCGGUGUGUUGUCGGAGGGUGUAACAACACGAACAGGGACGGAUUCAAGUUGCACCA